CGCUCUUUCAAACGUUUAAAAACGUCGCGUUUUUUAUUCUACUACUUAUUUUGUCUAUACAAUUCAAUUCAAUUCAAUUCAAUUAGCCUCACCUUGUUUUCACUUUUCAAACUUUACAAUGUCGGUCCAAACGCAACUCACAAAGGGCAAAAUCACACUCAAGGGCUCAGCACGCAUAGUCACGGAGUUUUUCAUCUACGGCAUCAACAGCAUCCUCUUCCAGCGCGGGAUAUACCCAGUAGAAGAGUUUGAAGUUCAGAAAAAGUACGGGCUCGACAUCUGGGUGUCCAACGAUCUUCAGGUGACAAAAUACCUCAAUACAAUCAUGAAGUCCGUGGAGGAAUGGCUAGCAGCAGGCAAAAUCAACAAGCUCGUGCUCGCCGUGAACUCGCGCGAAUCCCGAGAGACCAUCGAGCGCUGGCAGUUUGACAUUCAGCUUGUUCAGGAGGCAGAUGAGGAGAAAGAGAAGCCGAGGGCGCCAAAGAGCGAGAGGGCGUUGCAGCUGGAGAUACAGGCUAUUUUCCGCCAGAUUGCCGCGAGCGUAUCGUUUUUGCCCAUCAUUGAUGAAAAAUGUACGUUCAACAUUCUGGUGUACGCUGAUUCGGACGCUGAGGUGCCGACCACAUGGACGGACUCGGACCCGCUACAUAUUAAGAAUGCCGAGCAGGUGCGGUUGCGCUCGUUCUCGACUGACGCGCACCGCGUCGAGGCCAUGGUUGCGUACCGCCGCGAUCCUGAUUUGUGCUGAAAGAGAGUGUAGGACGCGAAAUUAGUGAUCAAUAAAUUAAUAACAAUGCAGAUCAAAAGCCUUUUGCCCCCAUCUUGGACUGUGCUGCAAAGCACAAGAAAAUUCAGGUGUAAAAAAACCGACAUGCGAGACAUCAAUGAGC